AACGGAAGUACAAGACAAAAAAUAGAAAUUAAUGAAUAAUUUUGCUGUAGUGCCAAAGAUUGGGGACUAAAACCCGAAUUUCGGAGGAAUUGAUUAAUUAAGUAACAAACUCGCGUUGGGAAAACUGUACAUAAGCGGGGGUUGCAGUAUAAUUUCAAAGUUCUUUCGCCGGACCUGAGUGCCAAUUGCCCUCUCCGAUCAUCGCCGGACCUCCGCCCUUUGGGUACGACACAGGUACCGUAUCCGAGUCUUCCGCUUUUGAUCUUUGUUAAUCUAUUUUGCGAUUAAUUGAUGAUGAUUGAUGACUAAAGGAAGAGGUGCUUCCGUGAGAGUCUACUUUCAUCUCCCAUGGUUUCUUGUUUUUGGUAUCCAAAAUUCUGUUAAAUGCUCCUGAUUAAGCUGGUGCCUCAUAUGUACUUCCGGUUUUUUGAUAAUUUAACAGAUUACACUUGAGUAUUUCUAUUUUAGUGUUUCUAUCUUGAUUUUUUGUUUCCGAGUUCCUUUUGUUAGGGCCGAUUCGUAGCCUAUUUCAAUCUGUUAGUUUUUUUUUUUUUUUUUAAAUGUCAGCCAUUGCUGAUUAGGAAAUCAAUCAGUUUUCUUUUUCAGGGUAAUUUAUUAGCUUCGUUUGCGCCAAUACAUAUGGUGUAGUACCAACAAAAUUAUCCAACAGGUAGAUUCUACUUUCAUCUAUUGAUCGACCAUGUGAACAUCAAAACUCACUUGGUGAUAGAUGGCUGCUUAUAUUUUCUGCUGAGUUUUCGGCAUUCUUUUUUUUUUUUGGUAAGAAAAAAGAACUACAUCUUGCAAAAGAUUUUGGGGUUGGUUGCUGUGGUGAGCAGCUUUGAUUAAUAUAAUCUCGACUGGUUUUGUUGAUGUGCCUGUGUAGAACUACUGCAAUUUGGGAGCUUUGUGCUUAGAAUUGACAUGGCGAAAAUGAUUAUUAUGAGUGAGCUACAUCCUGCUUUUGAUCAAAUUAUUAUACGAAUUGAUAAAAUAAAAUUCGGAGUAGAUAAAUAAUGUUUUAGGCCUUCCAUCUGCCUCAUCUCACCAUACUUUAUGAACUUACUAGUUGUAUUUUUUUUUUCUAUUCGAGAGUUAAUCUGGCAUAAUAAGGUUUCUUUCAUUCUUGUUGGUUUAGUAUUGUCAGUGUUAUAGAGUUUGAUGUAUCCUUGUCCCAUAAGAACAACUUCCUUUUGAUCCCUAAGGUAUAAUAUAGAUUGCUUCUAGGGAAUGGAAUAUGAACAAUUUUAACAAACUCUCUGUUAGGUCGAACUUUCACCAUCCAACUUUUGCCUACUGAUUGACUAUCUUCAUCAUCUGUAGUCUAGCCAAUGUACCUGACCCACUACUUUUUAAUCAAAAAGAUCUUUUCUGGAUACUGUGUUCAUGGAUAUAUCUAUUUAAAGAUAGUGUCUAUUGAAUAUAUUUCAUCAGAUUUUGUUAACUUCAUGGAACACUUGGUAGAAUUCAUUUCCAUGAUUUGUGAAGAGAUAUGCAAGUUCACAUUAUCUUAUAGUUUGUAUAGGAUAAGCAUGCCUUUGAAGUUUGCUUGGGGUUACCAAGCAGUAUUUCAGAUUAACCUCUACACUCUAGUGAGGGCCGAGGGGAUCAAUUGAGCACUCUUGCAGUACCUUGUACUGUAAACUUGAAAGAUUGAUUCUGGUGAAUUGCUCUAGAUAUCACCUAUUAAUUGACAAGAUAAUUUGUGUUAUCUGUUAGAAAACUAUUAUUAGUCCCUCAGUGAUUUUGUGGCUUAUAUUGUUUUCGAUCUAAUGGCUAAAAUAACUUAUCAGGCUUAAUUUUUAAGCAGGUCAUAAACUUUUGAACAUGGUUAAUGCCAUCAAGGGGACCCUUAUUUCAUGUGAUGUGCCUAUGGCUGUAUUUAUCAUUAACAUGAAUGCUGCAUUGCCUCAAAAUCAGAGAUUCAUUGUGCACGUCUUAGACAGCACGCACAUCUUUGUACGGUCUGAUGUAGCUGGAAUGAUAAAAUCUGCCAUAGCAGAGUUCAGGGAUAAAAAUACAUACGCGAAGCCUUCUGUUGAUGAUACGAAGAAAUGAACGAUAUCAACGGGUUCUACCCUCUCUCUGAUGGAUUGGCUGUGUGAGUAAAGCAGUGCGGUCUAGUUGCAGCUUCUACUGCUGCCUAAUAUAGGUUCAGUAGUACGCUUGGAAAGAUGAAACAUGGAACUGAAUGUAGCGCUCAUGAAUGAAUUGGUUUGCACUUUAGAAUCUUCAUCCUUGAGUAGUGAAAAAGACGUUGGUUCAAAUCAUUUGUAUGUUAAUCUUUUUUUCAUACUCAUAACCAUCCAAAGCUGGUUAAUCUACUGAUAAUAUCUUUGAUUCUGAUAUAAUGGAGGUUACUGCGUUUUUACCUUAUGAUGCUCCUAUUAUAUCUUGUCGUUAUCACAUUUGACGCUCGAGAUUGGAUAACUUUAUCGACAAUAUUAACAUCAAUCUCAGUCUAAGCUAUACUCUACUUAAAACAAUGUCAAUAUUCCAACUCUACAAAAAAAUAAAUAAAUAAAUAAAUAAAAAUCUUACCACAAUGGAGAAAAUUGAACGUCGGCUUAAGAUUGCAUUAUAGAGCAAGAAUUUAUUCUUGAUUUUUUAUAACAAAAAAAAACUAAUAAUACUAAAAAAAUAAGGAAAAAGAGAAAGAAACUCUGUACUAAAGUCGUGGAAAGGAGAACGAGUUUUACCAAACUUGCGAUUAAAAACGCUUUGGGUGAUUGAAAGUGAAACGAAGAAAAUUGUAGCUCCUUUGGCUCUGUUGCUCGCUCCUAUCCCAACAAUGGCAGUGUCUCUGCACCCAACGACUUGUUCGUAUCUUCACUCCAGCUCAGCUACUCCGCUGCCUUCUCUCAGUUGUGCCAGUAAAGUUCAUGUGGGUUUGCGGCUUCAGUCUCCUAGUCAGUGAUUCGACACAGUAACAAUAUAGUUUUUUUAUUGCAAAGAUUGUCUUUUCUAAGUUGCAAGGUUUAAUUUUUCUCAUGGGUUUUGCAGAUUCUUAUGGGAUUGAAAAGCAGAACCUUAACGUUCAAUUCUAUGAUAGAGUCUAUAAAAGUGUCCAGACCAGUACUUGCAAUGGCAAACCAAAGCGGGGACGUAUUGCUAUGAUGCCUAUAGGGACACCAAGAGUGCCCUAUAGAAAUGUUACUGAAGGAACCUGGCAGUGGGUCGAUUUGUGGAAUGCUCUUUAUCGGGAACGGGUUAUCUUCAUUGGGCAAAACAUAGAUGAAGAAUUCAGUAAUCAAAUUUUGGCAACAAUGCUAUACCUUGACAGUAUUGAUAAUUCUAAGAAGUUAUAUAUGUACAUCAAUGGCCCUGGUGGGGAUCUUACGCCCAGUAUGGCUAUCUAUGACACAAUGCAAAGCUUGAAAAGCCCCGUCGCCACCCACUGUUUGGGCUAUGCCUAUAAUCUUGCAGGCUUCCUUCUUGCUGCUGGUGAAAAGGGUAGUCGCUUCGCUAUGCCCCUAUCAAGAAUUGCAUUGCAAUCCCCUGCUGGGGCUGCUCGUGGUCAGGCUGAUGACAUUCGCAACGAAGCGGAAGAGCUUAUCAGAAUUAGGGACUACCUCUUCAAAGAGUUGGCGCAGAAAACUGGGCAGCCAGUUGAAAAGGUUCACCAAGAUUUAAGCCGAGUGAAACGGUUCAAUGCUCAGGAAGCUCUUGAAUAUGGCCUUAUUGAUAGAAUAGUAAGGCCUCCCCGAAUCAAGGCAGAUGCUCCUAGGAAAGAAUCUAAUGCAGGUCUUGGUUAGUUUUUAUGUAAUGUUUGUCAAAGAGAAAAUGUGUUGAUUAGCUAUAGAGAAGACUAGUACUGUGAACCCUUAGGGCUGAGAGACAUGUAAUUGAUGCAUGUGUUUUGUGAACUGCUGGUUUUUCAUUCAUUUGGCUGAGAAGAAAGUGUUUUACGAAGGCGGAGAUAGUGAAGUGUAACAGUUUUCUCUUUUUAAUGGUAUGGAAUUCAUUUACCAAAGAAAUAUGGUAUUGAAUUCAGCGAUAUAAUACACUCUAUAUUUCCAUUUCAGAAUUUGCUGUACAUCAACAUGAUUGUUUUGCUUGGUUUUGAAAAAUACACCAAGCUUUGCUCCAAACUUAUAAAUCUUACAGACAAGCUUCCAUGAUUUGAAUUCAGCGAUAGGAAGAAGCUUAGCUACUAUAACCAUAAUCUGAGACUGCCAAAAGAAUUAACUAAAAACUCAAUCCACUUCUUCGCUGUUGAGCUGGUCUGUUAACAGCUCUUCUUUCCAAACUUUGAUGACCUUUGCUAUGAAUUCCUCGAUUCUACUCUGCAAAUCAUCGCCUUCAUCAUCAUAGUCAUCGUCAUAUUCUUCAUCAUCUCUGUCCAGUUUGGCUUCGUCGUUGUUCCUAUUGUCGUCAUCAUCAUUGUCAUCUUCAAAACCAUCCGAAUCAUUAUAACUGGAGUAAUCAUCAUCGCUAUCGCUGCUGCCACUAUAGCAGGUUUCAUCAACCCUCAUUUCAGCCCCUACACUUGUUUCCUCUGCAUCGUCGCGAUACAAGUCUCCUAGGAGAAAUGUAUCAUUAUGCCAUUCUGUAGAUUGUCCAAGACCUUUGACGAGAAUGAAGCAUAUCCCGAUAUUAAACAUGACGAACACGAAAAUCCGGCUCGUAAGAAACCCGACCAAACAGCCAUAAGAUGACAACGAGAAACUUAUCAGUACCAAAGAAGAUGCGACAAACAAGAUUAUCAAGAAGAAUAUCAGUUGCAAACCAAAGUUCAUCCCCGAAAAGAUUAAUAAAGAUAGAGAGAGGCUCCUGUAAAUGUGAUUGGAUCAUUGUUUCUCCAUCCAUCCUUUUUAUAGCCAAAUUCUGGUUCGCUGCAAAAAUUAUAUAAGAAGGUUUUUUCCCAGAAAGUUUAGUUGGGAUUCAUGACGCCAACACGGUAACAUCACAGAGGUUGAGUUACAUGUACACCAAAAAAAAAGAAAAGAAAAGAGCUUGUUAAAGAAUGCUGGGUGUUCUUACCGGGAAAUUCUUUAGGAUUUGCUAAAAGGGCCGAAAUCCCAAUCCAUUUUCAGACCGUACUAAAACAGCUUCAGAUGUUUGCCAGGUUCAGUUUGUCCAACCUCGUACGACAAAGUAAAGGGAAUAUAAAUGUUACACUUACGUAUAUUCUUCUAUUGAAUUGAAAUAUA